CCGGGUAGGCUCGGGUCGCCGUGGCGGGCGCGGAGACUGCCUCCGGCCGACCUCCGGUUCCGCCGGCCGUGGCGGUGGCUACAGCCACUCAAGAGACAUCACAUUUCCUUGAAGCGGAUAUAACCUAAAGAGUUUUGAAGGGAGCUAAGACAUAAAUACUUGUGAUGCUUUGAAGGCCAAACUGAAGCAGAGGGAGCGGAACUCUUUGGUUUGUCUGAGAAGGAAGUGAACAUCAUGGAUCAAAACAACAGCUUGCCGCCUUAUGCCCAGGGCUUGGCCUCUCCUCAGGGUGCCAUGACUCCUGGAAUUCCUAUCUUUAGCCCAAUGAUGCCCUAUGGUACAGGACUGACUCCCCAACCUGUCCAGAGCACUAGCAGUCUUUCUAUUCUGGAAGAGCAGCAGAGGCAACAGCAGCAGCAGCAGCAGCAGCAGCAAGCUGCCCAACAGUCCACAUCUCAGCAAGCAACGCAGGGAACUUCUGGCCAAACCCCACAGCUCUUCCAUUCACAGACUCUUACCACGGCACCUCUGCCGGGCACUACGCCCUUGUAUCCUUCCCCAAUGACCCCCAUGACCCCCAUUACACCAGCCACACCUGCAUCCGAAAGCUCUGGAAUUGUACCGCAGCUACAGAACAUUGUAUCCACAGUGAACCUUGGUUGUAAACUCGACCUAAAAACCAUUGCACUUCGUGCCCGAAAUGCUGAAUACAAUCCUAAGCGUUUCGCCGCAGUCAUCAUGAGAAUAAGAGAGCCAAGAACUACUGCCCUUAUUUUCAGUUCUGGGAAGAUGGUAUGCACAGGAGCUAAAAGUGAAGAACAGUCCAGAUUAGCAGCCAGGAAAUAUGCCAGAGUUGUACAGAAAUUGGGCUUUCCAGCCAAGUUCUUGGAUUUUAAGAUUCAAAAUAUGGUGGGGAGCUGCGAUGUGAAGUUUCCCAUAAGAUUAGAAGGGCUGGUACUAACACAUCAACAAUUUAGCAGUUAUGAGCCAGAGUUAUUUCCUGGACUAAUCUACAGAAUGAUCAAGCCCAGAAUUGUCCUGCUUAUUUUUGUUUCAGGAAAAGUUGUAUUAACUGGUGCUAAGGUCAGAGCAGAGAUAUAUGAAGCAUUUGAAAACAUUUACCCUAUUCUAAAAGGAUUCAGGAAAACAACGUAACUGUUUUCUCACAUUUGUAUUUUUUUUUUACAAGUUGUCUUGGUACAUUACAUGGUGUUAUUGUGUACGGCACAGAAGUGAGAUGGACUUUGAGUUGCAAACUGCAACACUUAAGAUACUUUUCUAGUGCCUAUUUCCUGGCACUGUUGAAGAAACUGUAUUAUUUCUUACAGAGAACAUCUAUGCGGCGUACUGUGAGUUGCUUUUAUGGAGCUGUUUUGGAGCAGCACUGUCCAUUUAUUUAUGUUUAGAUUUUAAACACUUUUAUCCUCAAUUGGAAUUCACAAGUUGGUUUAAAAGGCAAAAACUAUGUUACUAAGUGUUAAAAACUACUUCCAUUGUUGGGGGGGGGUUUGUUUUAAACUUUCACCCAUAAACCAUAAUUUUUAUAUUUCUACCAUAAAAUGAAACCUUUUUAAAAGUGUUUAUUUCUGAUUUAUAACUUAAAAGGGUUUUGUUUUUGUUUUGUGCCACACAUUCCCUUUCCAGUGUUGCAGGACAAAAUAGACGUAUUAAUAGAAGCUUGGCUGUACAUAUUCUUCUUUUGAGACCAGAACUGUCAUAUUUCUUCAGAGCACUCUGUACAAUAAAUGCUGUUUAUACAAGUGUGA